AGCGAAUCUGUUUUACUCGAAAUUGCCCCUGCUCACUGAUAUGCUGCCGAGAUUUCUGGAUUCCAUUCAGGACACGGAAGGGGGAGAGAGCGACGCCACGGCGUGCAACAUGAAAGACCUCUAUGCGUGGUCGCAAAUAUGAACAAUCUGUCUGGGUCUGCUGGAAACAUGUUGCAUUCGGCUUGGCAUUAUUUUCAUUCCGACGAUUCUUUCAGACUAAAAUCUGUGUUAUUAGUAGUUGCACGAACAACUACAAAGGCAUACCGCAAAGUUGUUUUUUAUCGUGCAACGAGCACCCCUUGUGAAAAAUUUCUGCGGUUUCAUCUUGUUGGUAUACCUCAUCUAUUUCGAGAUUGAAAGUGUCAGUGUCUUGACCUUCUACAUCCAGAAUUCAACAUCGCAAGCUUUCCGACCCAGAUACGUUUGUCGAUUUGCAAUCGAUAACCUGGAGAGAGAGCUGCCCGCGUUGGGCACUGGCUGGGCGGGCACCGGCUGGGCAGGGGAUUUAAAUGUUCCCAGAGGGUUUUCUACUCGCGGCUUUUCCGAUAAUACCAACCACGACCGCAUCAUGGCUUUUCUUGCAGAGCACCGGGGCAACUACCCGGUCGAGGAUGGGCGCACGACUGGCGUCGCGGCACAACUCAUCGCUAACGCAACAGUUCGGUUCUUUUCCCAGUGGGCAAAUACCUGGAGUCGCGACGAGGGAGGCGGCCUCCCGGCGGCCCUCGGCGAGACGCGAAGACUUUUCCCGCCGCGUUCCCGCCCGGCGACUCGCGGC